UCUACACAGUCCGAUCUAAUUUUUUUUGUUCGCAAAGGGAGCAGAGGAGAUUACAUUUGUUCAUCGCGAUUUGAGUUCAUUAUUUCGCAAAUUAUGGGAGAGAUGUUAGGUAGAAGUAAUCUUAUUGAUGAUAUUGAUUUGAAUGCGUUGAUUGUUGAAGAUUACAGUUCAUCAACUCCUGUUGAAUGUAAUCUCCCUAAUGGUGUUGAAUCGGAUUCACUAGUUGUAUGUAAUGCUAGUUCUUCAUGUUUUGAUGGUGAUCACGAUGACAUUCCAGAUGGGUGUAAUCCAUCUGCUGGAGGUGGUGGUACUUCUACAGAUGCCAAUGAGGACGAUUCAUCUAUUCCAGGUCUCCAUGUAGCGCAUGCAAUACAAUCCACAAUCAGUCCUGUUAUGAGCUGUUCUCCAAUUCAUUUUUACCAGCUCCACGGGCAGUUUCGUUAUCCUCUCAGCUAG